AUGAACAUUUUAUCUCGAAUGCUUAAUUUGGUUGUUGCAAGAGGAAUGUUUGGUUUUCAUCAUAAACACAGGAAGAUUGGUCUCACUCAUCUCUCUUUUGCAGACGAUUUAUUAAUUUUUUGCGAAGGUAAUAUUGAAUCAGUUGUUGGAGUUCUUAGUGUUCUUGAACAUUUCUAUGAAGUCUCUGGGCUAAAAUUGAAUUCAUCUAAAUGUGAGAUUUUUGCUGCGGGAAUUCCCUUAAGAACCAUUGAGGAUUUAAAACAUAUUACUGGUUUUCAAAUUGGUAGUAUGUCUGUCCGUUAUCUUGGUAUUUCCCUUGUCACCCGCAAGCUUACCGAGAAGGAUUGUCAAGCUUUAAUUGACAAUAUCAAGCACAAGCUCUAUCAUUGGUUUGGAAGAAACCUCAGUUAUGCUGGCAGAUUAGAGCUUAUUAGAUAUGUCUUAUUCAAUGCCAUCAACUACUGGUGCAGACAAGUAGUAUUGCCAGCGUCAAUUCUUAAAAAUGUGGAACAAAUCUGCUCCAGCAAUUCUCAAGAGACAAUGGAUCACCUCUUCUCGCAAUGUUCUCUGGAAGUAGGACUCUGGAAUUCUAUUUUGAAUCUAAAUGGGAUGAAGACUUCAUCCUUGACAUGGGAUGAAAUGGUUUCAAGGGCAAGUUCAUCAUGGAAAGGAAGGAAAGAAAUCAGAGAAUGUUCCAAGGACGUUACAGAACGGUCGAAUGCUUGCUCAAAGAUGUUAAAGACGUUGCUGGAAUCUGACUUAGGGGAACUGGAUUUGCUGACAUCGACGAUGGUGGGUGACAUCGACAGAGGUAGGACAGGCGUUCGGUUGACGAUGACGGCGCGGCGUACUCCCUCUACUUGCAGCGGCAAAAGCAAGAUAGGGUGGAACACUAAUUUUGAGGUUAUCUGGACCGUUAGAUCUGCACCCAGUUCUAAUGGCUGA